GGGGGCGCAUAGAACAGAGAGCGGGGAUCAGAGCGAUCUCAGAGUGGAGACAGUCAGAGAGAGAGAGAGAGAAAGGGAAGAGGAGAGAGCCAGAGGGAAGCGAGUGGCCCGCAGGAGAGGGGACAGGGCUCGCGAGGGAUGUGGAAGGGCAGGAACCAGGAGGCGGUCAUCGAGGGGACAGCUGGAGAACUGGGGGGACCCGGGAGCUGGGGUCUGGAAGGGGCAGCAGGCCUCCUGGCCCGGGCCUCUUUGCCCAUGUUCCCAUGGCCACUGCCCUUAGGCUCCUCGGCUCUCACCGUGCUCCUCGGAGCACUCACUUCUCUGUUCCUUUGGUACUGCUACCGCCUGGGCUCCGAAGACAUGCAGGCCCUGGGGGCCGGGAGCCGAGCUGGAGGUGUUAGUGGUGGGCCUGAUGUUUGCUCUCAGGCUGGCCCAAGGGGCUCUGGGGACCCUGGGGAAGGACCCGGGGCAGAAGGUCUGGUCAGCAGGAGGCUUCGGGCCUAUGCCAGGCGCUACUCCUGGGCCGGGAUGGGCAGGGUGAGGCGGGCGGCUCAUGGAGGCUCUGGCCUCGCAGGAGGGACAGGGCUCCUGGGCAUUCAGCGCCCAGGCCUACUUUUCCUACCAGACCUGCCUUCGUCCCCCUUUGUGCCACGUGACGCCCAGCGGCACGACGUGGAGCUCCUGCAGAGCAGCUUCCCGGCCAUUUUGCGGGACUUUGGGGCUGUGAGCUGGGACUUCUCAGGGACUACCCCUCUGCCUCGGGGCUGGUCCCCACCCCUGGCCCCUGGGUGCUACCAGCUCCUGCUGUACCAAGCAGGCCGGUGCCAGCCCAGCAACUGCCGCCGGUGCCCGGGAGCCUAUCGCGCACUGAGGGGCCUGCGGAGCUUCAUGAGUGCCAAUACCUUCGGCAAUGCUGGCUUUUCCGUUCUCCUGCCCGGGGCCCGGCUUGAGGGCCGCUGUGGACCCACCAAUGCCCGGGUUAGAUGCCAUCUGGGCCUGAAGAUCCCCCCUGGCUGCGAGCUGGUUGUUGGUGGUGAGCCUCAGUGCUGGGCUGAAGGGCAUUGCCUCCUGGUGGACGACUCCUUCCUGCACACAGUGGCUCAUAAUGGAUCCCCCGAAGACGGGCCUCGAGUGGUCUUCAUUGUGGACCUCUGGCACCCCAACGUGGCUGGGGCUGAACGCCAAGCUCUUGAUUUUGUCUUCGCACCAGACCCUUGAAAGAAGCUGUUCCUUUCCGGCACCUGAGCUGGAGCGAUGCUGUACCCGGGAGUGGUGGUCAGGACCUCCUUUCCCGAGGGGGUGGCAGGGUGUGACUUACUCAGCCAGCACUGAAAUACAAAUUCUGAAUCCUCUCCUAA